AUGAAUAUCUUUACAGUUACUCUUGUCGUACUUCUCGUUAUAUCAAUUGGACAUGUCUAUGGUCAUCCAGCAGCAUCGUUACAUCGACCAAUUGUUGAUUAUCAACAUGGUUUUAAAAUUUUACAAUUUCAUCCAUUGUCAAACAAGCAUAAUCAUCAAAUACCAUCAAAUAUAAAUGAUGCAAAUGAAUUCUUAUUACCAUACAAUGAUCGUCCUCGUAAACGUUUAAUAGACUUUUAA